GCGGCUACCGCGAGAUGGCGCAACUGUCAAACGCAUCGUCGUCGCGCCGGAGCGAAGGUUAGGCGCGUGAGUCUUUUCUAUUUUGAUAAUAAUUGUUUUUCUUCUUCUCGUGAUACGAUGGAGAAAUAUUCUCGCGACAACGAUCGCAGAUCGAGGAAGGAAUACGAUGACGAUCGCAGACGUAAGGAGCGAACGUCGCGAAGGGAUCGCGAUUACGCGGAAUCCAGGAGGUCCAAGGCAGGAUCCGGACACAAACGUACGGAAAGGUCCAUCGAGAGGCGGAAAAAGUCCAAGGACGAGGAUUCUCGUGCUCGUCGCGAAUCGCGGAAGAAGUCUUCCAAACAUAAAAGUCGAAAGAGGGAAUCAUCUUCAUCGUCCACGUCGUCGAUAUCGUCUUCGUCGUCUGAUGAGUAACCUAGCAAUGGUUCGUCUACAGAUUCAUCCUCGGACUCCACAAAAUUGUUGGAAAAACUGCAGAAGCAACGGCAGAAGCAAAUCGAGGAACGUAAACGCCAGAAGGAGUUGAUGAAGGCAACAGAAACGCCAGAGGAGAAGCGUCUACGUCGGCUGAAGAAGAAAGAAGCCAAGGAACGCAGGCGAAAGGAGAGAAUGGGCUGGGACAAUGACUAUUUACAUUACACAAAUACAGAUACAUUUGGCGAUGGCAAUAUUCUCUCCACUUUUGUGUGGUCAAAAAAAUUGGGGAAGGAGGGUCUACUCGGUGUGGGCAGAGAGGAAUUGGAGAUGCGUAACAGACAUAAACAGGAGGAGAAUAAGAGAGAGUUGGAGAAGGUGAAGAAGAGGAGGCAAGAGGAAUUAGAGCGGCAGCAGAGAGAAGAGGAAAUGACUAUGUUGCAAAGAGGUAAAGAAGCUGCGCAACUAGAGCAAUGGGCUCGGCAGGAAGAUCAAUUUCACCUCGAGCAGGCCAGAUUGAGAUCUCGCAUUAGGAUUCAGGACGGUCGGGCGAAACCUAUCGAUCUUCUUGCGAAGUACAUCAGUGCAGAGGAAGAGGUCGACGCGGUGGAAAUGCACGAACCAUACACGUAUUUGCGAGGUUUGCACGUGAAAGAUCUGGAGGAUCUCAUAGAGGAUAUUAAGGUUUACAAGGAAUUGGAGAGGGGUAAAAAUUUAGAUUACUGGAAUGACAUAACGGUGAUCGUGGAGGACGAGCUGCACAAGCUUAGGAAACUAGAACGGACGGAAUACGAAGUUGCUGUUGGAAGAAGAGAAGGAAUUCAUGAAUCAGUCGCCAAAGACGUUACGAGUAUUUUCAAGGGUAAAACUGCAACGCAAUUGGAAGCUUUACAGUUGCAGAUUCAAGCGAAAAUCACGGGAAAACCAGAAGGCGUCGAUAUCGGAUACUGGGAAAGUCUAUUGUCGCAAUUGAAAGCCCAUAUGGCGAGGGCGCGACUUAGAGAUCGACAUCAAGAAAACCUCCGUAAGAAGUUGGAGGUUCUGAUUGCCGAACAAGGUGUAGCUAGAGCAGAGAACGAGGCUGAGAGCUCGCAAACGCAGGAGAGCGAGUCCUUGGUUAAGCAGGAUGAGCCUUCCACGAGUACAACAAUCGAGAAGAAUGAAAGUAGUCCAGAUAAUAAUCAGGAAACUAAUGCUGCCGACGAUCUGUUGUACGAAUCCUUCCGCGAAUACGAAGCGGGUUGCUAUUCACCUACUUAUAUACAGUAUUCGCAACUCGAACCGGGGACUCUCGUCACACAGGAGGACGAGGACAGUCAGCGACUGGAAUACGCGAGGCAGCAGGUGCUCAGCACCGGCAGGAAGAUUCAGAACGUGCUAACGACCGAGGAGCAAGCGAUGCACCGGGAGGCGCGCAAAGGCAUGGGCUCGGACGAGGCCCAGUUUAGUGUAGAGUCGUCGCUCGAGGCACAGAUCUAUCUCUGGUCGGACAAGUAUCGACCACGUAAGCCGCGUUACUUCAAUCGCGUGCACACCGGCUUCGAGUGGAACAAGUACAACCAAACGCACUACGACAUGGACAAUCCGCCGCCCAAGAUUGUGCAGGGCUAUAAGUUCAACAUCUUCUAUCCAGAUCUUAUCGAUAAAAAUACUACGCCGGAAUACUUUCUGACACCUUGCGCCGAUAAUAAGGACUUUGCUAUUUUGCGAUUUCACGCGGGCCCGCCUUAUGAGGACAUCGCGUUCAAGAUUGUCAACCGGGAAUGGGAAUAUUCGUACAAACGCGGAUUCAGAUGUCAGUUUCACAACAACAUCUUUCAGCUGUGGUUUCACUUCAAGAGAUAUAGAUACCGUCGUUAA